AUGUCCAAUAAUAACAUUAAUAGACCAAUUUUACAAGAACGUUCUAAACAUGCAGUCGAUUUAACCAACAACUACUUUCCCGAAGUUAUCAAUGAAGUAGAACAAAAUAUAAAGGAGCACGAUGUCAACAAAUAUAUUACUUGUGAAAAAAAUUUUGAAAAAAAUUUGAAGAGUUGUAAAUUUGCAAAUAAAUCCACUUGA